AUGGGAACGCAACAUUCGAAAAAGCUGAAUACAAAAAAAUCCUUUGCAAAUAAAAUAAAACAAAACUUAAUUACGUCAGAUGCCAAAUAUGACUCAAAAGCCAUCGACAGAAUUCACUCCCAUCAUUACUUGCUGAAGCAUAUAUGGAAAGAUAAUUUUAGUUCACCGAUUCGUUCCUUGUUGGAAUCGGGGGUUAUUAACGCUCUCGAGGUUAAAUGCGGUCCUGGGACGUGGAUUUUAGAUAUGGCCACCGACUUUCCACGGUGUUCGUUUACGGGAAUUGAUGCCGAACAAAUCUUUCCUUCGGAAAUAAAACCAAAGAAUGCUAAAUUCGUCCUCGCGGAACAUUUACCCUUUUCUUCCUCAACGUUCUCUUAUGUACAUAUAAAUCUCAUCGAACACAUGUACAUGGAACAAUUAUUUUGGCAAAGUGAUAUAAUAAAUGAUAUUAUUAAAAUCAUGAAAAGUGAUUCGUGGAUGGAAAUCACCACCUGGAACUUUGAAUUCGAAAAUAUUGGAAGUGUAACUCAAAAGUUGGUUUCGGCCUUAAUAUCGUGCUUCGAAAAUCAUGUUUCAUUAUCUGAAUCCAUUUCUUUAUUACCCUCGAAUUGCGAACGAUUAAAAAAUAUGAAUAUUCUCCAAAAUGAUAUACCCGUAGGAAAAUGGGCCGGUCUUAUUGGUGAAUUGGUAAUGGACGAUUUGUUGAUUACUUUUAAAGGAUACAGUGACAGAAUUUGUAACAAAUUAAAUAUCACCCCUGAACAGUACAACCUAUUCCUGGAAGAGGUCGUUAAAGAAAUCGAAGAGAAUCAAACGGUCUUUAAAACUCAUAGAUUCUAUGGUCAAAAGCCAUAA